GAAGGCAGCGCACGCGGCGCCCGUUCGUCUGGCUUGCCCUGGGCUGUGUGUCGUUAGGCCCCGCGCGUGGCUAAGUGCGCAUGUGCCGAAGAAAGGCGCUGGGGCGGGCCCUCUGUGGUGGACGUCUUUGGAAGAGAGGGGUGUUUCUCGAGAGGUUCCGGGGUUUCAAAGGGCGGCGCGGUCGGGCCGGUUUCGUUGGAGCAGUGGAUUAUCAUUCUGGAGCCUCUGGAAGACGAAGCCAUGGAGGAAGCCAUGGAUGUUGAUGCAAACGUAUUCUGGCAUCAUUUGGAAGACAGCACGGUGGAUUUGAUAUUUGAACGACUGCAGAGUGUACUGUUGUCCCUGAAGCAGAAGAUCAAGGAUGGAACUGCAACAGAAGAAGAAUGCUGCCAAGCUCUUACAUUUAUGAAACAAGUGGAUAUGACUGACCUCUUACCUCUGAUAAAUGUAAAUGUUGCUUCUGAAGAAGGUAUCCCAACAUACAAACUCGAUUUACAUCCUUCUGCCUCAAGUGAAGAAAAUCCUGGAAAUGUUUUUUCAUUAAGAAUGGAGCCAAAGGAAGCGAUGCACUCAAGGAGUCAAGGAACCCUAAAAGAAAUCUCUUCAAAAGUCACAUAUCAGGAUCAUAUCUGCUCUAAAGAGUGUCUUGCCAAAAGGCCAUGGAACUCGUACAAGGGUGAAAACCCUCUUCACUUGCCUUUACUGUGUCACUUCCAGAGACAGCAUGCAAAAGCAGAUGCUGUGUUAAAGUCGCAUGAUGUAAUAUACAAAGGUCCUUGUGGAAAGAGUCUGAGAAAUUUCCAAGAUGUUCAGAACUAUUUGUUUCAAACAGAAUGCACCUUUUUGUUUUUAGAUCACUUUUCUUUCAAUACAUAUGUGCAGGUGUUUAGAAAAAGUCCUAGUUGUCACAUUUUUGAAUUUGAUUAUGAUAUCAGCAAAGGGGCAGAGGCUGUACCAGUUUCCUUCUGUAAUGACAUAGAUCACAGUCGACUGCCUUAUUUUAAAUAUCGGAAGGCCUCUUGGCCUCAUGGAUACUUCCUGAACAAUUUCUCCAGCACAUUUCUUGAUUCCUGCAGUUGCACGGAUGGCUGCACUGACAGGACAAAAUGUGCCUGUUUGCUUCUUACUGAGAGAAGGUACCGUGAAGGUUCAGAUUCUUCAGGAAAAGAAAUAUCUGCAGGCUAUAGUUACAAAAGGUUGGAUAAUCCGGUUCCCAGCGGAAUAUACGAAUGCAGCUUGUUAUGUAGCUGUGACAAGAUUUUGUGCCAGAACAGAUUAGUGCAGCAUGGCCUUCAAGUUCGGCUGCAAGUUUUCAACGCGGAAAAGAAGGGUUGGGGGGUCCGUUGCCUUGAUGACAUUGACAAAGGGACGUUUGUUUGUACAUACUCAGGCAGACUGAUGAGCAGAGAUCAAUCUAGGCAAGUAAAAGAUGGCAGUGGGAAUGAGGUUAAAGAGGAAGAUGCAGAGAAUAGCAACAGAAGCUACAACUUAAUUUCAAGAAAAAGAAAUAUAGUCACUGUCUGUUCUGAUUCAGAGACUGAAUUUAUCCAAACAGCUGGGAAGCAAAACAAUUUGCACUUAAAACCUGGAGAUCAGCCAAACACAAUUCAGAACUACAGCUGUAAGAAGAGUUGGCAUAACAAAGCUAUCAAAAGACCAAAAACGAGAACGUCUAUUCUUCAAAGUCACGGGAGACAACUAGGUAUUGCUGAUGCCAGCUCAGAUGAAGAUGAGAGUUCUGUGUGCCAGAAAUCAACAAGAAGAAGAGUGACUGCUGCAGCUCAGAAAGAAUGUGAAAAGUUAACCCUAGAAGGCGAGGUUGGAGAACAAGUGAAUCCUGUACAGCCUGAAGUUAACACAAACCACUGUGAUGACAAACAACACAAGCACCUAGUCUGGACUGAUAACACUUGCAAGGAAAAAUGUGGGAGAAGAGCACGGGGAUCUAUGCAUAGUAAGGAGGCAGUGGAAGAUAAAGAGUCAUGUCUAAAGGAGCCUAUACAACCCAAAAUUAAUAAAGACCACAGUAUAGAGGAUCCUCUUUCCAUUGCUUCUUUGGACAACAAGCCACCUGUGCAGGAUGACAAACAAUGCAACCACUCAGUCUGGAUUGACAACACAUGCAAGGAAAACCUUGAGCGAGGAGUUCAGGAAUCUGUUCAUAAUAAAGAAGCAAUGGAAGAUUAUGAAUCAUAUAAGGAGGGUCCUUGUUUGCUGGAUGCCACUAGAGAAGGCAAUGUGGGCCGAUUUCUUAAUCAUAGCUGCUCCCCGAAUCUCUUUGUACAGAGUGUAUUUGUAGAGACUCACAACAGAAAUUUCCCCUGGGUGGCAUUCUUCACAAACAGGCAUGUAAAAGCUGGAACUGAACUCACAUGGGAUUAUGGUUACGAAGCUGGAAGUAUGCCAGAGACAGAGACUACCUGUUACUGUGGAGUUCAGAAGUGUAGGAAAAAAAUACUAUAGAAUAAUUGUAUAUUUUAGCCUUUCACCAGAAUAUUCACCAGAAAUUAGCAUUCUGUGAGCCAGUUCACAUGACCAUAUUUCAGUUGGUGACAGCAAGAGUUGCUUGACAACUUGGCUGUGAUAUGCUUAAUAAAAAGUCAUAUUUCAUGAGCUUAAAAUCAUAGAAUCAUAGAGUUGGAAGAGACCACAAGGACCAUCCAGUCUAACCCCCUGCCAUGCAGGAACUCUCAAUCAAAGCAUGCUUGACAACUUUACUAUGGCGCGUUAGACACACACAAAAUAUGUGCUCUGCGCAUACUAGGGUUGCGUAGAGUGUGCUAGGUUUUGGAAGCGGCGUCGCUUCCACAUGCCUCUAACCCUAGCACACGUGGAGUGCGCACAAAAUGGUGGCGCCCGUUCCACACGGGGAUCACCAUGACUACGUCAAGACCGUGCCGCCUCCAAACGGGGCAGCGUGGAAGUGACAUAGUGGGGCUGCGCGAGGGCGCCUGGCCACAGCCCCUGAAGGAGCUCCAUUUCGGAGCUCCUUCCACGAUUUGCGUUGCUGGCACAGCCUCUACACGGCUGCACCAGCGACGCAAAUGAGAAAGGGGCUGAGUGGACCCUUUCUCCGUGUCCCCGCCACCGUCGGGUGUCCUUGGGGCAUGAAGCCCCAAGGACACCCCUUUCCAGGCCUGGAAAGUGGCGGAUCGGGGCCUCAGAGGCUGCCGCUGUGGCAGCUGAGGCCCCGAUCCGGCGGGGAAAGGGCCAGUUACAGGCGCGUCCCAAACGGGCGGUCUGUAACCCGCCUUAGUUACUCUUAACAAAAACAUCUUGUUCACAUUGCAAGAACUGGAAUGACUUAACUCACCUCUUCAUGUGAAACUCACUUUUUAAACUUCUUGUAUAAGACACAGUCUCCUCAGAAAAGCAUUGUUUUAGAUAUCUAGUCAUAUAACAAUACUGUAAAUUGCUGUCUAUAAGAUCACAGGCACAUAGCAAGCUUGGCUAAUACUAGAUCAAACCUGUGCUCCACCUAACCUAGUGUUAGCGUAUCUGGUAGCAAAAGGGCACAACUGAGAUUUGGUGAAUCUGAUCAGCAGAGCAUGUGAGAUCACUGACACCAGCCAACCAUCCCCCACAGAUGUGUAUUAGACCAGUAAAAGAUGAUGCAUUGUCUUUGUUUAAAAUAACAUAAAAUAGUUUACUCACAGAUCUUGUGCGUACUUCAUAUACACAGCAAAAUUUUAUGGUGAAGAUAAUAGAAGUAUAAGUUCUGCAUGCUACUUGGUAGAAAGUAUUCAAAGAAAGUUUCAUCAGCAUCCCAAAAGGAACAUUCUGACGAGAUAGAAGAAAUAUGAAGAAUGAGAAACAAAGAGAAGGUGUGCACAGGAGGAAAUGGGGAGGAUGUGUGUGCUAACAACAAACAAGAAAUUACCGCAAACAUGCAUCAAAGGUCCUAGAACAUCUCAGCAUGCGAGAGUUGCUAUACUCAGCACAUAGUACUGUAAACUCUAGACCAGGAGCAAUGUUUCUGUAGGGUUUCAGGUGGGGUUCUUUCCUGCCUGUACAUGGACUUCUGUGAUGGUCUUCCAUAACCAGACUUGACCCUGCUUCGAGUCUGAAUCAGACAAGAUAAGUGUGUUCAGACCAGUUCACUGUAGAUUAUUGUACAGUUGGCCUCAGUGCUGUCACUGUGGAAAUAAUUGCAUUAACGGCCAGUUUGCUGUUCAAACUGGUUUAAAUUACUAAUCUGCGAGGCCCUAAAUGUGAUACCUAGAGGAACUUUUCUGUGUUGGUCCACUCUCCCUACAAUCCCCUCUUUCCAGAAGCAGAGCAUAUAACUACAAGUUAGAUGGAUGUUGGAAACUUUAAAACCCUUGAUUUAAAACCAUUAAUUAUGCUUUUCAUUGGGUUCUAUGGCUAUUGAUUUCUUUACACUUUACCAGUGUUAGCUAUGGUUUAUAUAUAUAUUACAGCUUUCACUGUUGUACAUUACCUGGAUAUUUUUGUACAUGAUAGCUGGUAUGGCAAUAGUUUUCAAUUAAAAAAAAACACACAUUA